AUGGCUUUGUUUCAAAAUUUCAAUACUCACACCUUACGAUCCACCAGGGGGUUUAAGCUAAAACAAUCAUCUCCAAUAUCAAGUCCCCAACCAGUUAGCAACUCAACAUUUCCUCAGGAUCUGCCACUGGUGCCCAACCAGAGUCAACAACAGUAUCAAUUCAACUCUUACAGAACAAUAAAUAAAGAAACACUACCUGCUGGCGGCCAAGCAGUGACUACACACAAAGAUAUUCGAAAUUAUGCUGAGCAAACGUUAGGUUCCGAUAAUGCUUUAAUCCAGGCGGUCAAAUUACCGCGAGAUGAGGAUUUGAAUGAAUGGUUGGCCAUACAUGUGGUUGAUUUUUAUAACCAGAUUAAUAUGCUUUAUGGUGCCAUAACCGAAUUUUGUUCUCCUUUGACUUGUCCUCGAAUGAUUGCAACAGAAGAAUAUGAAUAUUUGUGGCAGGAAUCUAACCCAACCCCAACUAAUGAUGGAUCCAAUAUGGUCUCAUCACCGAAGAAACCAGUGUCUUUACCAGCUUGUGAGUAUAUUGAAAACUUAAUGAAUUGGGUGCAAAAUUUUUUUGAUAAUGAUAACAUCUUCCCGUCAAAGAUUGGUGCUCCAUUUCCUCAUCAGUUCCCAACCUUGGUGAAAACUAUUUUCAAGAGAUUGUUCAGAAUCUAUGCCCAUAUUUACUGUCACCAUUUCCAUGAAGUCACGGAGUUGGGAUUACAAAGUCAUUUGAAUACUAGUUUGAAACAUUUUGUAUUAUUUGCCGAUGAGUUCAUAUUAAUUACAAGGAAAGAUUACGGACCCUUGGAGGAUUUGGUUGACACAAUGUUAGGUAGGUAA